CUUAAGACAUAAAAUGCUUGCUUUAGGAAUACAUUAGAUAUUAAUUAGAUUUAUCUUAAUUAACAUUAAUCAUUAAUGGCUUUUCCAUUUAAAUAUUAAAAUAGUAUUUUGUUAGGCUUUAUGAAACGAAAAUAAUUAUUUAAAAUAAUAAAUAUCGAUAAAUCUGAAAUCAAAAAUGUUUUAACCACAGACGAGGUAUAAAACAGAUGUAACAUCCACUGUAUUUUGUGGGGAGUGGGGUUAGAGUCCUCUUAUUUUCGUGUCACAUUUUACCAUAUAUUUAUAUAAAUGAUACCGAUUGAUAUGUGAAUGCGAUGGUAAUUACAAAAGAAGGAAUUCGGUUGCGAUCAGAAUCUAAUAUGUAUGGAGGGAGUUACUCAACAAAGUAGGAAAGAGAAGCAUGACUCGCGGGCCACGAAUCCGCAUGAUAGUUACGUCAUAAUUGCAAGAAACGAAACGGUAGAAAUACUUAUAUUCUUAAUUGUGAAUUUUUGAUAUUGUUCAAGGAAUAAAGGUGAACAAUGAAUGACAACACUUGGAAAAUUACUGAAAAAGUUGAGAUUCCAGAAGAGGCUAUUGAGAUGAUAACGUUAGAAAAUGAAAAGUCACUAACAGAUAGAAUUUAUUCAGUUGUAAAACGAUCACCACUUGGUAUAGCUGGUUUAGUUGGUUUUUCUACUAUUUGUGGAAUAGGUAUGUACAAAUGGAAAACAAGAAAAGUAUCAGCUUCUGUGUUUCUUACGCAGUUAAGAAUUAUAGCACAGGGUACAGCAGUUGGAAUUGUUAGUUUAGGAAUGUUAUAUAGCAUAUAUAAUGAUUAUAUAAAAAAGAAGAAGAAGCAAUAAUAAUUUGUCAUUUAGUUAAAAUAUAAUUUCAAAGAACAAAUUAAAAUAUAUUUAUUUUUAGCAAAUUUUAAAAAUUAUUCAUAAUUAUUUAAUUUAGAUGCUUUGUAUAA